CCCCCGUCCAUGUACCUGAAAUGUCUCCUCCUCUAAUCAUCCUUCCGACGUAUACCUAGGUACCUACAUACCACAGACACUCCUUUCCCCCCGUACAGAUGUCGACGGCCUCGCCCACGCCGGGUCUGGCGCGCAACCAAACCUUCCGCCCUGAGCGCGAACCUUUUCGCUACACCAACACCCUCCAACUCGACAACAACAAGAUCUCGGGGCCAUUCUCCUUCCUCAAUCCCACCAGCGCGCACUUCCACCCUGCCAAGCUCGACAAAGCAUCCAGUGCAUCCCAAACCCCGUCCGAAGAGGAAGAUGAAGCAGGGCAGUCCAAGUCAUCCCAUAAGAGGUCGGGCCAUGAAGUGCCCGCGUCGAAUGUCGCCUUCAAAUGGACGUCGCGAAACAACCGCAAGGGCAGACACGCCCUAGUAUACCAGCCGCCCAAGGAAGGAGAGGAGGCGAAAUAUCUUCUCCCUCCGCCGACUUCCAGCUUCAACGAGAUUAUGAAAGGGCUAUGGCGAAUGCUCACUUACUACCCCAUCUGGGACGUCAGUUUUAACGUCGCCUACGUCUUCACCUGGGGCUCCAUCGUCUGGGUCAUCAACGCCUUCUUCGACCUGCUCCCCUACACCAACCCCUCCACAAACUUCCCCGGCGAAACGCUCGACGGUGGCGGCAUUAGCGCCUUCAUCGGCGCGACCAUCUUCGAAUUCGGUAGUGUCCUCUUGAUGUUCGAAGCCGUCAACGAGAAUCGAUCUGGCUGCUUCGGAUAUGCUCUGGAGCAGCUGUACGAAGAGCACGUCAGCCAUGGAGGGAGUGCAGCCACCACCCGCCUCGUAGCCAGCAAAGACGUCUGCACGCACCACCACCAGAACACGAAGAACUUCGUCGGGAGCCCGCGCCACGAUUCCGUCGCGACCGCCAGUAACGCCGCCGGCGUCGACGACAUCGACCCUACUCCCAAAGGCGCAAAGUCGUGGGUCUGGUGGCCAUCCUGGUACGAGCUGCGCACGCACUACUUCCACGACCUCGGCUUCAUCGCCUGCUCCUCGCAAAUGUUCGGCGCAACGGUCUUCUGGAUCUCCGGCUUCACCGCGCUCCCGGGCAUCUACAACCACCUCAACACGCCCGGCCUGCUGAACGGGGCAUACUGGGUGCCGCAGGUCAUCGGAGGUAUGGGCUUCGUCAUCUCCGGCACGCUGUUUAUGCUUGAGACGCAGAAGCACUGGUGGCUUCCGGCGCCGAAGGUGCUCGGAUGGCAUAUUGGCGCGUGGAAUUUGAUCGGCGGCAUUGGCUUUACCCUGAGUCCGAUCUUUGGCCUUUAUGGUCCGGCAACUUGGGCGGAGGAGCAAGCGGCUGUGUCGACUUUCUGGGGCUCGUGGGCUUUCUUGAUUGGGAGUGUGAUUCAGUGGUAUGAGAGUCUUGACAAACAUCCUGUCGAGCAGAUGGAGAAGGAGGAUCAGCACCAAUGAGCCGGCGAUUACCUGUAAACUCUAAGCGUUUGUACAUAUGCCUAUGACAA